CCCCCUCCGCCCCGCCCCGCCCCGCCCCGCCUCUUUUUUUCCCGCCGCCUCCGUCACCGGCUGCCCGUCCGAGCCUUCCCUCAGGGCGCCAUGCCAGCCUCGUCGGACAGGGGUCCGUCGAUCGACCAGCCGGCGGGGUCGCCCGGGCCGGAUCUCCCCCUGGGCAUGGCCGCUGACCUGGGGCAACCACUCGCGCCGCAGUCGCUGGCCUUGGUGUUGCAGUCGCCACCAGCCCCGGCCACCACCCCGGCCGCGACCGUAGCUCACGCUCUGCCGACCAUGCCAUCGGAUUUCCACUUCCAGAGUCGCCUCAGCUCGGAUCCCUGGUCGCUGGCGGCCCUGGCCCAAGCGUGGCGGCAUGCUGAGCCCUUGCUGCCAGGGCCUCUGGCACGCCCCCUCUGCGAGGCCGACUCCACGCCCGGCCCAUGGUGGCUGCCAUCCUGGUGCCCUGGCGAUGAUCCACUCCUGGAGGAUAUGGAUGUCGCGGCCCUCAAGCACGAGCACCUCACCCAGCUGGUGUUCCAUGCGAUUGACCCGCGGCCGCCGAGCACCUCGACACAGGAGGCCUCCGGCGAGACCGGGGCGCCGCGCUCGGUGGCCGAGCGUCUUGCCUCGCCCACCGCGCCCGUGUCAUCUCAGCACCUCCUGCGGUCGGUCCGGCCAACGGGCGAGUCCCUUUGCCGGGUGAAUGUGACGGACCUGCCCAACACCCGAAGCACAUACCUGGCUGAUGAGCCGACGAUCGACCCGCGCGCGCGAGACGCCUUUCGAGCUCGGUAUGGCGGCUCGCCCGCGGCCGGACCCGAGCAGGAGCUGCUGCUGGAUCUGACGGUCUUCCUGCCGCCCUGCCUGACUCCGAACAGCUCGCAGACCCGGGCCCCGGCGUCCGGCAGGAUGACGCACAUCCGGGCCCCGGCGUCGGCCACUCUCGGGCACAUUGCGAAUCUGAUCGCGUGCCCCCUGCUGCGGCCGGCGUCGGAAACGCCGGCCGAGACGAAAGGCGCCGCCGAGAUCGCGCCCCCUGUCGCGGCCGACGGUGAUCUCCCCCGCCCGGGGCGACUCUUCCUCGUGGAGGGGGUCCUGUAUGAGGACACCCAGCAUGCGGACGCCCCGUGCCUCAGCAGUCACAUCCAGGAGUGGGUGACCACACCCGGGCGAUCGUUGCCACCACACCUAUGCCCCCCGGCGGCUGGCACCUGGCAUCCGGGUCGCUCUGGCGAGAGGCAUCCCCGGCUGGAGGUUCGCCCCCUUGGAACCCAGCGCCUGGAUCAGAUCCCCGAGGCGCUGCGUCUUUUUCAGCCCUACCUCUUUGCGCAUGAGCUGGUGGAUCCGCUGCUGCGGGGCACAGCCAGCGGGCAUUCCAUUUGCGAGCAUGUUGUCUGUGUCACAGAUGUCCGAACGCCCACGCCGUAUGAUUACAAGGUGCCCAAGCCGGGCAUGCAGCCAACUCUGGACCAUCUGCCGGCGGCUCGGCAAUUUGCCCGGCCCUUCGAUGUCUAUUGCGACGUUUGCCAAGAUCGCCAGUCUAGCCAUAUGGUCCAGAUUUCCGAGCAGGCAGCCUCGGCGAUGGCCCUUCCCCAGUCGCCGGCUUUGUCGGGGAGCUCGGCCCCGGCCGAUGCCCCAGCCGCCGGGACCAGCUUCCCCUCGCCCUUCGAGUUCACACACCUCUGCCAAGGGUGCUUCAAUGCCCUGCUCUUCGAUGCUGACGGCAAUCCCCUCUGGGAUACGAGCGAGCUGCGCGUGGUAUCCGACCAUCCGGCGGCCGAAUACAACGACUAGGGCGCUGUACCCGCGUCUUUUCUCCUUCUCGACUUUGCCUUUGGGCUCCCCCGUCUUUCUCACGACGUUCUCUUCCUUUUUUUUUCCUCCCCCCCCGCUGCCGCGGUGUAUAUUGCGAUGUACGAGAAGGGGGUGCAAAUGCGCAGAGGCGAAGGGAGAGAGGCAGGGAGGGGGGGGGGGGGGCG